AUGUUACACUCAGAUUAUACAAAUCCAAUUGAUGCUUCUGGUUUAGAUCUUAGAGGAUCAUUUGUUGGUGUGGUAAGAGAAACUUUUGAAGAAAUUUUGGAUUUGUAUGAAAAACAUGCUGCUAUACUAGGGUUUUCAAUAAGAAAACAUACAACUAGAUUCAAACAACACACAAAAAUAGUAACUGAGAAAAACUAUGUGUGUUCUGCUGAGGGAAAGAGACAUUCAGGUCAGAAGAAAACAAAGUUAGUUGAAAUGGUUGAUGAAGAGGAUGUAAAUGUAAAAACAAGAAAGCCAAGACAAGUAUCCAUUACAAGAUCGAAUUGCAAGGCAUGCAUAAGAGCAAAAGUGAAUAAAGAAGGACAGUUUGAGGUGGUGGCUCAUGUUAUUCAGCAUAACCACGAGCUAACAAAGCCACAGUGGCAUUAUUUGCAUCGUUCUGAAAGAAAAAUGACAGAGGAAAAAGCUGAAGCAAUAAAAACAAUGAAAUCUUCAGGUCUAACUACAAUGGACACUUACAAUUACAUGGCUACAGAGGCUGGAGGAGAACAGAAUGUAGGCCAUAGUGUUGUAGAUCACCUGAAUUUCUGCUCAAGGUUAAGAAUGGAACAAAUUGAGGCUGGAGAUGCUCAAACUUUAGUGAACAUUUUAAGACAGGAACAAUCAGAGAAUCCAAACUUCUUUUUUAAAGUGAAGUUUGACAAAGAAGGAAGAAUUUGCAAUAUCUUUUGGAGAGAUGCAAUGAUGCUAGAAGACUAUAGGAUAUAUGGAGAUGUUCUUGUCUUUGAUACAACAUACAGAACCAACAGAUAUAAUCUUAUAUGUGCUCCAUUUGUUGGCAUAAAUAACCACUGGCAUAAUUGUAUGUUUGCUUGUGCUUUUAUUGGGGAUGAAACGACAGAUUCAUUUGUGUGGUUACUACAAACCUUCUUCAUAGCUAUGGAGGAUAGAAAACCAACUUCAAUAUUCACUGACCAGGACCAAGCAAUGGCAAAUGCAAUUCUGGAGGUGAUUCCUAAUACAAGGCAUAGACUUUGUAUAUGGCAUUUGGAGCAAAAUGCCAUAACCAGAUUUGGAGCUCUUAAAAAAGACAAAGAAUUCAAAUUUGCAUUCAACUAG